UGGCGAGGUGUGAAUUCCUCCCUGUCGUUUACAAGGACUUACCACUGGCAUCUGUUUAUCUGCAAAUGACUUCACAAUCCCAUAACAACAACUUUUGAAGGUAUUGCGGCGCUUCUUCUUUGUCUAAUUCCAGUGCUCGAAAGGUGAUGAGACUUAUGUUCGAGCGCGCUGCAUAAUCUUCCACGGGUGCUAUCUUGACACUUCUUUUCUUUUCAGUCUUCUAAUUCUUACUGUUUGUUGAACAUCAAACGCGGCCGAGAUGGCAAGCUCAGAUCAGGAGGCUAUGUCUCAAUCUGCCAUGGCAGCGCAGUCUGCUCAAUUUGAGACCGGCGACGCUGCUGCGGCUAUGACAGAAAACUCAGUUGCACAACCAUUUUCUCCAUCAGAACAGAUUCCUGUCGAUAACCUGCGUGAUACAAUACUAUCUCCGACACAGUCUGCUCUCCAUCCUCUUCCUGCAAAACUCAUCGAUGAGUCAUCUGCACCAACUCCAACACCAAACAUGGCGCAGUCUUUCACACCCGUUCCUUCGCAACCGCAACGACAGCCCCGCAUCGUAGGCGGCUUCGAAGUUGAUGAUGAUCCAGAUGAGGAGGACGUGGCCCAGGACGAAAAAGAUGACGCAGAUGUUUAUGAUCCGUCUAUCGGCCUGGAUUUUGAUAUCCCAACACCUGCCCCUGCAAAUGCCCUUGAUAGAACUUCCCAGUCACCAGAACAAGAAAAUGGAAUCACUCCUGCUCCUGUCCAGGCAACUGGUAGUCUUGCUGACAUUUCUUCUUCCACUGUUCCUACUGGCGGUGAUGCGACGCGUGCUGCAACUGCUACACCAGCUCAAACUGCUCCCGCCACUCCAGCUCAGCUUUCUCCUCCCCGUUCUCAUGUGAAUGGCUUUGUCAAUGCAGGCUUACCCAAGUCUCGCCUAGCUCAUGAUGUGAUUGGUAUUUUGGAGGAUCGCAUCAAAGAUGACCCUCGUGGAGACACGGCUGCUUAUCUCGAGCUGAUUGAUGAACUCAAGAGUCGAAACAAACAAGACGAUGUACGACGGGUGUAUGAGCAGUACUUGACAGUAUUCCCAUUCGAUGCUGAGCAGUGGUGCGCUUACGUGAAGUGGGAGGAGGAACAUGAUCGGUUACGCGCAAUGGAAACACUUUUCAACCGAUCACUUCUCGAAGUGCUUGACGUACAGCUGUGGACAUUAUACAUCAACUACAUACGACGUCGUAACAACAUGCACUCGGGAGAUAUUGCCAGAUCAUACAACAUCAUCAACGAGUCAUUCAGUUUCGCCCUAAAAACGAUCGGUAUGGACAAGGACUCCGGCAGUCUGUGGCAAGACUACAUCAACUUUCUGAAGAGUGGUCCCGGCACGAUUGGUGGGACUGGUUGGCAAGAUGCCGGUAAAGUCGAUACCCUGCGAGAAGCAUAUCAGAAGGCUAUCGCUGUUCCUACUGCUGCGACCACGAUUCUCUGGAAAGAGUACGAUGCAUUCGAGACGGGUCUUAGCAAGAUCAACGGUCGAAAAUAUCUUCAAGAGAAAUCACCAAUAUAUAUGACAGCACGGACAGCAUACACGCAAUUGCAGAAUCUGACCAGAGGCUUGCAACGAACAUCAAGACCGCAACUGCCGCCGGCGUCUGGAUACGAAGGCUACGAUGGCUACUUGCACCAAGUCGCACUAUGGAAGCAAUGGAUCGAAUGGGAAAAGGAGGAUAAUCUGGUUAUUAAAGACGAAGAUUUGGCACUGUACCGGAACCGGAUACUGUUCACGUACAAGCAAGCGCUUAUGGCAUUGCAAUUCUGGCCGGAGAUGUGGUAUGACGCUGUUGAAUUCUGCUUUGCAAACGGCCUUGACAGUGAAGGUGUCAAAUUGCUGGAUCAAGGCAUCACGUCCAACCCUGAAUCACCACUUCUGGCGUUCAGACUUGCCGAUCGUACCGAGGCCUCUACACAGAAUGAUGAAGCAGCUGAUCCCGGAGCCAAGGACCGCAUGAAGAAGAUUCGCGAACCCUACGACAAGGUCCUGGAUUCACUGUACGACCUGAUCAAGAGGGUGAACGCUCGCGAAACUCUGGAAAUCCAGAAAGUUGAGGUUGCAGCAGCCAGCAAUGGCGAGGGCGAUGGCGGUGAAGACGAGAUCAAUGCUGCCAACAUCACAGCAAAGAAGGCCGUGAUUGACAGCCAAAUCGAGGUCAUCCGAAAAAGUGCUCAGGCGCAAACCGAGAUGCUGAGUCGGAUGAUUUCACAUGUCUGGAUUGCUUUGAUGCGCGCAACUCGACGAGUCCAAGGAAAGGGCAUGCCCGGUGAAAGAGGCCCGAGUGGCUUCCGCAUCGUCUUCGGCGAGGCUCGUAAACGCGGCAAGCUCACAAGUGAAUUUUACGUGGAGUCUGCUCGGAUUGAGUGGCAAUGUUAUCGAGAUCCUGCAGGAACCAAGAUCUUGGACCGUGGCAUGAAACUCUUCCCCGAAGACGACUAUCUUCCUCUACAGUACAUUAAGCAUCUUUUCGAGAUCAACGACGUUACAAAUGCACGAGCAGUGUUUGAGACAACCGUCAAGCGGCUGCUGGCUCACGAUGACGCGGAACAUAUUGCAAAGGCGAAGCCGUUAUUUGCCUAUCUGCACGACUACGAGUCAAAAUACGGCGAACUGGCCCAGGUGCAAUCGCUUGAGGAGAGGAUGAGAAAAAACUUCCCUGAGGAUCCCAGUCUCAAGUUGUUCUCCACUCGAUACAGCACUCCGACAUUUGACACAAUAAGCGCACACCCUGUUAUAUCACCAUCUCAGAUGCAGGCUACUCAGAACCGUGUACUACCAUCUGUCGAAGUACCAGAAAUGGUCAAUUCUCCAAUCCAGAAAGUUAUUGACUCUAUUACCACCAAUUCCCCCAAACGACCUUUCCCGGACGAUUUCGAGGAUGGAGGACCGCGCAAGCUUGCCCGGGGUGAGUCGCCAUUGAAAGGCGCAGCAGGCCGUCGUGUGAAUCAACAGCAGCAACAACGCCUCCCACCUCCUCCUCCAGGGAUGGCAAACUUUCCCGUGCCUCCUCCGUUUCCUCCUCAAAUCACAUACCUGCUCAGCAUUUUACCUAAAGCCUCAAACUAUGUGGACGCCAGACUUGAUGCCGCGAAGAUGGUAGAGUUAAUCCGGGACGUACAUUUGCCGCCACCGCAAUCAGUUGCUCAACAUCCACCACCUGCAGCCCCAGUCCCUGGAUCUGGUUGGCCGCCGUAUGCGCAACAGCCCCCAGCGCCAAUGUCCCAGCAAGGCUACAUACCGCCACCCGGGGUUACACAAGCACAAUACGGAGGGGCACCUUUCCGUUAUGCUUGAUUCAUGGGCAUUACCAGCGAUCCGUUAAUUUGUUCAUCGGGUAGGGUCGGCCACGGACUUGAUGUACAACAUAUCAGCAAGCAAGCAUUGCAGGGUGCGAAGGGUUCCUAUAAUCAUACUGGAUGGGUGGCUUUAGUACCUAGGUAUUCGUCGGAGGAAAAGGAAGAGAGCAUGCAGUCUACCUUAUGAUACAGCCUCAAAACGCUGUAUGCGUUGGCAAACUUGGGCCGAACGUUGAGAUACCACAAAAUACAUUCACACCUGGUCCUACAA